AUGUGCCAGUAUAAACUCAAAUCCAACCUUAGAAGAAAAGCCCAGUAUCUGUUCCAGGGAAUUGAAAACCCAGGAAAUAAAAGUUCUCUAAAUCAGAUCUACACAGACCUGUACAUCAUAGUGGGAGAGACUGGACAGGUCAAUCAGGAACAUGAAGUCAGACAGAUUGAGAGAGCAUCAAUAAAAAGAGGGAGACCAGACAUAAAAAUCAGGCAGGAGGACAUUUUUAAAACUUCUUCUGGAGGAAAGGAAGCCAUCAGGACGGUGAUGACGAAGGGAGUGGCUGGCAUUGGGAAGACAGUCUUAAUACAGAAGUUCACUCUGGACUGGGCUGAAGGUAAAGCCAACCAGGACAUCCAGCUAACACUUCCAUUCAGUUUCAAAGAGCUGAAUCUGGUAAAAGAUAAAAAGUUCAGCUUGGUGGAACUAAUUCAUCACUUUUUCACUGAAGUCAAAGAAGCAGGAAUCCACAGUUUUGAGGAUUUCCAGGUUCUGUUCAUACUUGAUGGCUUGGAUGAGAGUCGACUUCCUCUGGACUUUCAGAACAGUCCGAUCCUGACUGAUGCUACAGAGUCCAGCUCAGUGGACGCUCUGCUGACAAACCUGAUCAGGGGGAAGCUGCUGCCCUCCUCUCUCCUCUGGAUAACCACACGACCUGCAGCGGCCAAUCAGAUCCCAGCUGACUGUGUUGAUCUGGUGACAGAGGUCAGAGGGUUCACUGACCCACAGAAGGAGGAGUACUUCAGGAAGAGAUUCGCUGACAAAGAGCAGGCCAGCAGGAUCAUCUCCCACAUCAAGGCAUCCCGAAGCCUCCACAUCAUGUGCCACAUCCCAAACUUCUGCUGGAUCAUCGCCUCAGUUCUGGACUUUGUGUUGCAGAAUGGAGAGGAGGCCGAACUGCCAACGACCCUGACAGAGAUGUACAUCCAGUAUCUGGUGGUCCAGAUGAAAGUGAAAAAAGUCAAAUAUGAUAGAAGAGCUGAGACAGAUUCACAGUGGGACGCAGAAAGCAGUCAGAUGAUCGAGUCUCUGGGAAAACUGGCCUUUGAUCAGCUGCAGAAAGGAAACCUGAUCUUCUAUGAAUCAGACCUGACAGAGUGUGGCAUCGAUAUCAGAGCAGCCUCAGCGUACUCUGGAGUUCUGACCCAGAUCUUCAGAGAGAAUAGAGGGCUGUACCAGGACAACAUGUUCUGCUUUGUCCACCUGAGUGUUCAGGAGUUUCUGGCUGCCCUGUAUGUCCAUCUGAGCUUCAAAAAAUCAGGAGUGGAUCUUCUUAACGAAGAAAACGAAACUCAGUGGCUCUGUUUCUUUACAAAUAUGCCUGAUCUGGCCUCCUUCCACAAAGGUGCUGUAGACAAGGCCCUGAAGAGUCCAAAUGGGCACAUGGACCUGUUCCUACGCUUCCUUCUGGGUCUCUCACUGCAGACUAAUGAGACAAACCUGAAAGGCUUGCUACCAAAACCAAGAAGUGAUUCACAGGCAAACGAUGAAACAAUCAAAUACAUUAAGAAAAAAAUCAGUGAGAAUACCUCAGCAGAGAAAAGCAUCAAUCUGUUCUACUGUCUGAGGGAACUCAAUGAUUGUUCUCUUGUGAACGAGAUUCAACAAUAUCUGAGCUCAGGACAAGUUUGUGCAGGAAAACUCUUGCUGUCUCCUCAGCAGUGGUCUGCGCUGGUCUUUGUCUUACUGUCAUCAGAAGAAGAUCUGGACAUUUUUGACCUGAAGAAAUACUUUGCUUCAGAGGAGGCUCUUAUGUGGCUUCUGCCAGUAGUCAAAGCAUCCAAAAAAGUGCUGCUCUGUGAGUGCAACCUGUCCGAUCAGAGCUGUAAAGCCCUUUCUUCAUUUCUGGGCUCUGAAUCCUCCAGCCUAGUAGAACUUGACCUGAGUAACAACGACCUGCAGGACUCGGGAGUGAUGAGCCUGUCUGCUGGACUGCAAAGUCCAAACUGUAAACUCGAAACACUCAGUCUGUCAGGUUGCAUGAUUGCAGAAGAAGGCUGCAUCUCUCUUGCAGAUGCUCUGGUUUCUAACCCUUCUCAUCUGAAGAAACUUGACCUGACCUACAAUCAUCCAGGAGAUCUGGGGAUGCAGCGGCUUCGUGCUGCAUGCCACGAUCCAAACUCCAAGCUGCAAGAUCUCAAACUGGACCCUGCUGGAGAGCAAUGGAUGAAACCUGGCUUGAGAAAAUACUUCUCUGAUCUGCAACUGGACAUGAACUCCAUAAACAGAAACAUCAAACUGUUGGUCAAAAACAAAUUCGUGACUUUGGUGAAGGAGGAGCAGCCGUACCCGGAUCAUCCAGACAGAUUUGACAACUGGCAGAUGCUGUGUACAAAUGGUGUGACUGGGCGUUGUUACUGGGAGGUGGAAUGGUUGGGAGAAGUUCGUGUAUCAGUGAGUUAUAGAGGAAUUAAAAGGAAGGGCGAAAGUGAGGACUUCAGGUUUGGAAGGAACAAUCAGUCCUGGAGUUUGAGCUGCUCUGAUGCCGGCUACUAUAUCUGGAACAAUAAGAUCAGAAUGCCCAUCAUCUCUCAUGUCUCUCACAGAGUAGCAGUGUAUGUGGACUAUCCUGCUGGCCUCCUGUCCUUCUACAGAGUAGAUGCCGAAACGCUGACCCACCUCCACACCUUCAACACCACAUUCACUGAACCUCUGUAUCCUGGUUUUGGGUUCUGGUCCAAUGACUCCUCAUUGUUUCUGUGUUCGAAGGAAGACGUAUUUGGAAGUGUUCUCCUAAAACCUGUGAUAUGAAUCAUUUCUAGAUUAUGUUCAUGUAUGUAAAGAUUCAUCAUCAUAGUAGAAGCAGUCAUGUUGACUUGAACACAGCGUAAAACCAGAUAAAUGUGCAGAAUGUGACACCCGACUAGGAUGCCUCCUGGAUGCUCCACUCUGAAGGUGAUCCGACUCUGGGUCCGACUGAGGAAACCCUGCAGUAGAUCCAGAACUCUAGAGGAACCAAGUUCCUCUUUUGGUCAGGGAACACCUGGAGUUACUGGAUACAGGGAUACUGGUUUCUUUCCUGAACCUCAACAAUCUGAUCUCAGAAAAAAACACGAUGAUGGUUGGAU